AUGACAUCCAGCACACAUCACAUGAUGCGUUACGCCUCGCGUUUUAUCAAACUACGCACCACUCCUUUGUGGUCUGCAACUACUACUACUACGGAUGACCAUCUUGAAUUUAUUGAUCCCCGCACAGCUUCGGCUUCAUCAUUGUAUACAGCUGAUACCGAUGACGAGGAUGAUGAUGCUGCUUCACAGCUCACUUAUCUUUCAGAUCUCGUUCGCGAAAGUCGACUUAAGAAACGAAGGCAUAACUACAACUAUUGCGAUGAUGAUGAACAACCUACAUUAUCAUCAUCAUCCUUAUCCUUGUCAUCUCCUCAAGUCAAAAAGAAGAGACCGUUUUACGCAUCUUUUGCAUCCAUGUCCACCCAUUUGUUUCCGGUUGUUGACAAGGAAGAAGAGGAACGAAGCAAAGCAGCCACAACAAGACACAACAGCAUACCAACAGCUCCUAGGAUGAACAUGGCAUCUAUGCGUACGAUAAAAAGAAGCACUUACUCUACACCUCAUUUACCAUCAGCAUUCAAUCACAACAACGACCAUAGCCAACAAGAUGUAACAAUGAUGGUUGAUGAUGAUGACUCAAUUGAACCACCUUUAUGUCGUCGUGUUCAUUCUACACCAACCUCAUCCUCAUGUCUCGAUUAUCAUGAUGACGAUGAUUCCUCUUCCGAUGACGACGAAGAAGAAAUCAGGCCGUGUUCUACUGCAUACCUCAUCUCAUUACCACCCACAGCCGCUGCAGCUGCAUCUGUAGCACGGAAACGACGGUGGCAAUCAAAGCAGAGAUUAUCAUCAUCACCAUCAUCUUUGUGUUGUAAGAGCCAUUCCUUGUAUCAUCUCUAA